AUGGCCUCGGAAACGUCAAAACCAUCCCACCUUGAGCCAUCACCUCUUGGUACAAAAGAAUAUUGGGAUAACCUCUAUAACCGCGAAAUCUCAAACCACGCUCUAGAUGCAACGGAUGUUGGUACGAUAUGGUUUGACGAUUCAUCUGCGGAAGAUAAAGUUGUGGAUUUCUUGAAUGGAGAGGUCUUUGAGAAGGACUUACUGGGCCUUGGGGAAGUUCGUAAGAGGCAGGAUUUCAGUUUGUUGGAUUUGGGGACGGGAAAUGGGCAUUUUUUGGUUAGGUUGAGGGAGGGCGAGGAGGACAGUGAAGAGGAAGAGGAAGAGGAAGAAGAGGAGGAGGAAAAAGGAAAAAAUGAUGGGGGGACGAAAUGGAUUGGUAGAAUGAUGGGUGUGGAUUACUCGGAGAGAUCCAUUGAGUUUGCGAAACGGAUUGCGAAGGAUAAACGGGAAAGUGAACAAGAGGGGACAGUAGACGGAAAUGAAAUCGAAUUCAUUACUUGGGAUAUAAUGAAAGAGGAUCCGUCCCCGAAAGUACUUAAUGGAGAACAGGCAAACGGAUGGGAUAUAGUACUUGAUAAAGGGACAUUCGAUGCGAUUAGUUUGUCAGAAGAAACAGAUUCGAAUGGCAAGAGGAUUUUCGAGGGAUAUAGGGAGAAAGUGCUGGCGUUGGUGAGGAACGGUGGGGUGGCGGUUGUUACUAGUUGUAAUUGGACUGAAGAAGAGUUGAUCGAGUGGUUCAUUGGGAAGAGAGAGGAGGAAGGGAGAGAUAGGUUUGAGGUACUGAGGAAGAUUGAGUAUAGGAGUUUUAGUUUUGGUGGGGUGAAGGGUCAGACGGUCUGUAGUGUUUGUUUUAGGAAGCGUGGGGAAAGCAAAUAA